CAGGCCAUCUCGCACCGCAAGCAUGGACACCGGAGGGGCAAAGGACAAGGCCUUCCUGAAGGAGCCCAAGCUGUUCGUCCUGGACUCUGGCAGCCACAAGCCCGAGGAGACCGACGCCGAGCGGUUCCGCAAGGCUGCUCCCAAGUCAGCACACAAACCCGUCGCUGUGGGCCGAGCACAGAUCACAGCGAUCCCAACGGCCGUCUACAACGUCUCGCUCAGCAGCGUUUCUCUCGCUGUUCAUGAGGACUCGGGCGCCUGGAAUACAGGAAUCGCCGGCAAGGUGUGGCCGUCGGCGCAUGUGCUGUCCGAGUACUUUGAAUGGCGGUUUCUCGAGAACGCCUCGUCGGCUCUGGAUCUGCCUCGGACGGUACUGGAGCUCGGAUCCGGAACCGGGCUUUCAGGGAUGUGUCUGGCCAAGAUCUUCAACUCCAUCGACCAUCGGUCCGCAGCCCCACCCACCGUCAUGAUCACCGAUCUGGAGGAGGCCGUUCCCCUCAUGGAGCGGAAUAUCAUGGAGAACUUUCGAGACGGGGACUGGGUCGUCCCAGUGGCCCGUGCGCUGUGCUGGGGCGACGAGGAUGACUGUCGGGCCGUCUCCACAGAGCUGGUCGACUCCCGAAACACAAUCGCCUCUGCUCGGGCCGACGCAACACUCGCAGCCAACGACAUUGAUCUCAUCUUUGGCUCCGACGUGGUCUACUGGCCGCAUCUCUUCGACCUCCUCAUCGAGACGCUCGUGGCCAUGGCGUCUCUGCGGACCGAGGUGAUUCUGGCAUGCCGCCAGCGCGAGCUCAGCAAGGAAAUCGCAUUCUGGUCCAAGCUCGGCAAGUACUUCCAUCUGAGUCCGAUCCUGGAGUGGAGUCGCUACUGGAGCGAGUACAAGAACGAGGGUUUCUUUCUGCUGCGGAUCAACAAGCGAGAAGUACCCCUGGAGACAGACUAUAGCGACGAGUUUGAGGCAAUGCUUUUGAUGUGGUCGACAGUAGACGACUGAGAGAUGCCGUAAUGAGGGCUCGUAUGCGAGACCCUCCGUGAAUAUACAUGCCGCCCCCCUGUUGUUCCGUCCGCCCAGUUGCCUGGGGGUCCGUCUCUACCGAUUCCUACAACGCUGUGCAAUCCUUCCAAAAGCACCUGGGGCGCCCGGGUUUUGUGGGUGAUGGAUGAGUGUUUGUAUUCCAUUCGAAACUGAAACACGAUAUCAAUUGCUACCUCC